AGAAGAAGAAGAAAAAACCCCGCCUUUCAGGAGCGCGUCGGUUGAGUUUUGAUGUUUAAACCGCCUCUCUGCUGGCUGCUGUAGCUACAGGCAGCUGCAGAAACAUCACCGGUACUUUAAACAGCCCAGUUUUUCCUAAAUUCAGCGGAGGGAAGCUCACUAAAACCACCAUGACUCAACAAGCUGCGGCUCUUCAGACCUACAACAACGAACUCGUCAAGUGUAUUGAGGACCUGUGCUCGAAGCGGGAGGAGCUGAACCGCCAGAUCAGGCAGGAGGAAGACGAGAAGGAGCGACUCCAGCAUGACAUCCGGGUCCUGACCGAGACGCUCAGCCGGGUCAAUGAGAGCCUGGCGCAAAGACUGGCCACCAGGGCCAACUUGGACCGUACCAUCGCAGAGACGGAGGCUGCAUACACAAAGAUCCUGGAGAGUUCCCAAUCCUUACUGAGUGUCCUGAAACAGGAAGCAGGAAACCUCAGCAAGGCCACCGAGCCUCGGAAAAAGGAGCACUAGGACCAAGAAAAACACAUUGAACUCUGUUGGACCACAAACCUCCACUCAUCUUGCACUUUUAAACCCAAUUUUCUGUUCUUUUUAACAUGUUUAUUCUUGUUUAAUGCAAUAAAUGUUUGAUAUUUAAAGGUA